AUGAAGUUCUCCACUGUUGCUGCCGCUGCUGCUGUUUCCUCCGUGGCCCUUGCUGCCGAGGACGAGCCAGUCACCGUCACCACCACCUUCCACGGUUCCACCGAUACCCACAGAUACGGUCGUUUCGACAAGACCUCCAAGGAGCCAACCGCUACUACUUCUGGUACUCACAGAUACGGCCGUUUUGACAAGACUUCUAAGGAGCCUACUGCCACCACCUCGGGCACCCACAGAUACGGCCGUUUCGACAAGACCGCUGACCCCACCACCACCACCAUCUUCAUCACCAACCCAUCUGCUGUUGGUUUUGCUGCUUCCAACGGUACCGUCAACGGCACUGCCAACGGUACUGCCCACAAGAACGGCUCCAACGACAGCUCUUCUUCUGCCGACAGCGGUGCUGCUGCUGCUUCCGGUGCCUUUUUGGGCGUUGCUGGCGCUGUGGCCGCUGGUCUUCUUUUGAUUUAG